UGGGGACACGCCUGACACAGCUCUGAGAGGCUACACCGAACACAAACACUCAGCCGGGCCGGUGCGUAGAAAGGAACAGCUGGCGACCUGCUACUGAUAACCGACCAGACAUCACCCGCCCCCCUGCGCUUCUCUCUCGCUCUCACGUUCAACGAGAGACAGACAACAACGCAGUUGUGCGGGGUGCUGGUGGGGACGUCCGCGGCCAUGGAGGGAAAUGUUUUAUCCUUUGGACUGUCUGCGUGCAGCAGUGAAAACUCAUUUGAAUCUGCUGGGGACUCGCGAGCUAUUAAAUGUAUAAUAUGCGACAUGUUCGUUGUUGUCACGGGGAAAGGUCCGAUGGAUACCUUCAUUUGUGAAAAUUUUAUUGAACUUGAUGCAGCUAAAGAAAGGAUUAUUACUCUUCAUGAAGAAAUAAAACAUUUGACCAAGCGCCUUGAACUGAAUAAGGAUUCUAUGAGAAUAUCGGCAUCUUUAAAUGCUUCCUAUCAAAACAUCCAAGAGGAUCAUAAUGGGACCUUCCUGGACUAUGAUCAAUUUCUGCCACUGCAGCCCUCUACUAGCUUGAACCAGAAAAUGGCUGCUCACUGUUCGACUCCAGGUGAGCGUAAAUGGAUGCGUGUCGGAACCAGAAAGAAGGAGAAGAAUCGUUCUCGGCGUGCCUGCCUUCUUCCCCUGCGUCUGGGCUUAAGACCUUUCAAAUAUCUUUGAGCCCCUGUACCAGCUGUCCUCUGUCGGGGGCUUGGGUGUUCCCUCCAUGGCUGCGGAUGACCCUCCAGCUACCUCUCCCUGUCCUAGUCAAUCAACUGCCUGGGCACAGCCUGGACCACCGCGGCCCCCCUCCGCUGGGCCGUACUCUCUGUAUCAGAGCUCUGUCCCUUUGGUGGUUGUGGCCUGCAUGCAGCCGGCGUCUCAGCAGCCCUCUUCUCAGAGGGAACCAGAGCGGGAGGAGCAGCCUGAAGACGCCAACAUGCCUCCCAAGUUUAAACGACACCUCAACGAUGAAGAGGUCACCGGAUCCAUACGCAGCGAGAGGAGGAACCUGUUGGAGGAAGACUCUGAUGAAGAGGAGGACUUCUUCCUGAGGGGACCAACUGGACCCAGAUUUGGAGCCGGAAAUGACAAAAUCAGACAAGUUCAGUCGCAGGUUGAUGAGGUCAUUGAUGUGAUGCAGGAGAACAUCUCCAAGGUGAUCGACAGGGGAGAGAGACUGGAGGACCUGCAGGACAAGUCAGAGAGCCUAUCAGACAACGCCUCAGCCUUCAGCAGCCGAGCCAAGCAGCUGCACCGGAGGAUGUGGUGGAGAGAUAUAAAGAUGAAGGCCAUCAUAGCUCUGGUGGUGGUCGUUCUGUUGCUUAUCAUCAUCAUUCCAGUGAUCUUGCGGUAUCGCUAGUGUCUCGCCAGGAUGAGGAAGAAUCUCUCUCAAUCCUUCUCCUCCUCCUCUUCCUCCCAUUCUCCUGCACAAAGCCCUCCACAUCAGCUAGGGGACACAACCCGCGCCAGCCUGCGUGGCUCUGGGUAGAAGUUGCCCCUAACCACAGAUCUAGGAUCAGCUCACUCUCUCCCAAUGCUAACCUUUACCAUUAGGAUGGAAAACACAAAACUGACCUAAGAUCAGUGUCUACUAGGGACCACUUCAUCCUACUCUGUGAGUCAGGGCCAAGGGUGACACAGGAAGCAUUACGUUGGUGUUACGUAAGGGUUGGGAUUGCAUCCCAAAUUAUACCUUAUUUAGGGAAUAGGGAAUGCUGCCUGUGUCUCAGACGCCUAAUCAAACUAAAGGAGAACUCCAUUCAGUACAUAGUACAUAUCAGCUAGUCAUUAAGGUUACAUUUCAUAUCAUGUAGUCAGACUGAUUCUAAUGAUAGUGAGACUUUCAGUCAAUCUGUCUGCUCCAGUCAGUCAGUCCAUCAGCAGCUUAGAAACAGGUUAUACAGGACUUGUAGCACACCAAAAUAUUUGAAGACUAUAAGAAUGUAACCCCUACUACCACCACCACCUCCCAUCUCACAUGUUUAGAAUGCUUUCAAGGUUAAACUGAAAAUGAGGCAAUGGCUAAAUCUCAAUACUCUACAGUGGCCUCCUCAACUUGUCUCCUUUCCUUCUUUUAUUUUCUUCACCCAGUUUGAUCUGACACUAGCAGGACUGGUUCUAGCCAGUGAGAGGAAGCCACUGUGGAAUAUUGGGACACAGUGUGUCCUACUGACAUGUGUUACUGCUUGGCCACUGCUGAUCUCAUUUCCUGUUAGUAACGUUAGGCUAGCUGUCUCUCCAGAUGGUUGAAUUUUAUUGUUAUUGUUUCUGUGAUGUUAUUGAGUUCUGUUGGAAGAUCAAUGUGAAGCUUAUGAAUGUCUGCUGCUAUUCCCAUUACCCCUGAGGAGCUAAGGGACAGACACUGUUCAUUCCACUGCAACUGCUGGAGGCUGGAGCUGUCUGGUACCACUGGUUUAUUGUGUGCCUGCAUGGGUGAUUUUCCCAGUCUGCCCUUUAUGCCGAUUGCGUGCGCCCGGUAUCCAAACAUGCAUGGCUUGUGAUGUGGGUCACUGGUCGAGUGUGUGUAGCAAGCUACCUAGUUUAAAUGUCAACAGUACUGCCACACCACAGUAGCAUAACAUUUGAAUAACACUUGAUAAUACUUGAUUUAGAUCAUCAAUAUUCGGUCUGGUUGGCUGACGUGCAGCAGCACUUUUAUCAUUUUUUUUUUUUAUAGAAUCAUAGCCUUGGGAAGGGUGCUGGAGGUGCUGCAGCACCACUGAUACAUUGAAAUAAAUGUGCCAGAGUUAUAUAAUUACAGCUGUCUGUUCAGAAAGAAAUGUAAUAAUUCAGAAUAGUCUACUACACCAUGAGUAGGCCUAUAAUUUAGCCACAGAGGAUCAAUAGCUUCUUUUUUAUAUUUUUUAAAUAUCCUAGCUGUGGAUUGUAGCCCAAUAACAAGGCAUAGGCUACAGCCGGGAACGCGCUGCAAAUCUGCCAGGGAACAGCAUGCAGACAAAACAGGCCUUUCGUAAUAUUUCAAAUACAAUCGUAGGAAAACACAGGUUGGAAAGCAAAUGGCUCCUGCUGAAAAAAGAACACUAAUCUGUCUGCUGUAGGAUACCAAAAUAUUUUAUCAACUUCCAAAAAAGGCAAUUAAGCGAACAUUGUUUACAAGAGAGAGAUAGGCUUUUGGCAUGAGCGCAUCGGCCAUCGCGGCGAGUGAGCUGCGCAUCAUUGCUCAUUGGGUAAGUCAGUGAAACUGGAAACUUUUUUAAAGACUAAUUUCCUCCUCAUAUUGUACAAUAUGUGUGUCUACACACACCUAGGCCUAGGCUAUUGAUGGAUUCAAGACGAGGUCGUUUUUAAUGAUCUCAGUUUGUCAGUGUCAAGGUAGCCUGUCAUUUCGAUCAUUUGUGCGGUAUUUAAAAAAAGAUUCUGCCAAAGUCUGCAGUCGUGUAGAAUUGCAUGAAAUGCGUUUAUAAAAUGCCCAAUUUUUCUUGCUUACAAUUUGUGACGAGUGUGUUGUUGCAGAAAUAAAUAAGCCUAUGCUCAAAACAUUGUUUUAUCGCAAAUGAGGCAGUUAGUGUGUUUUUUUUCUUCAUUUUGAGUACCUGCCCCCUGAAAGGUCUGUGCAAGGCCCCGGGUGUAACACUGCCUAAUGUGAGAACAGCACAGUAUCUAGCAUAGCAGUAUAUACAAUAACCCCUACAUCAUCAUUCCUUUUUUAAAUCUUUUUUUUAAAUGUAAUUUAUUUUAGGUGUAAAUAUUGAUCUAUAAUGAUGUAUUAUACUCUGUCAUUACAUUGGCAAACUGUGAAAUACUGUAAUGUUUCUCUAACGUAAUAAAAUGAUUUUAAAGAGUA